AUGUCUCAUACAACAGAUUCGCGCGAUUCUACUGCGCCUCAGGAUUACUACUCAAGUCUUGACUACGAGGGCUCACUUGUGGAAAAGUUCAAGAAUAUCGACGAUAAGACGCAGUUCUACAUUGCUAUGCGCUCCCUACAGGAUCCUCUUACCCGGAAUUUUGUGCUCGAUUUCGGGAACGAAGAGGCAUGGUGUGCAUCUGAUCUAGGCACAGAUGAGCUGAAACGGUUGCUAAGCAAACCAAGAGACAAAUGUUUCGGCACACGGUGGAUCAAUAUCUGGGCACCAGAGGAGCAGAAGGAAAGCAUUAGGGCGAUUACCAAAUCCUAUGGAGUAUCCGAACGACUACAAGGGAUGAUGUGCACAGAGCCAGUGCAUCCUACACCCAAAGCUACAACUACCCCAUUACCAACAAAAAGGACUUCGCAUGCGCCUAGUGAUGCACCGUCGUUCCAGCACGAAGCGGAUGACGCAGAAAAUGCACUUAAGCACCUCGUCGAUCCAGAUAAAUCCCGCGAGUCGGCGUCAUUCAAGAAUCUCACAUUUACCCAGGUCACGGACCAAAUCUGGCAUUUCUCUUCUGUGGACCAUGGCCCUCGAUACACUUGUAUUGGCUAUAAUACGUUGUUUGUGAUUCCCACACUAUCACAAUCAAACGGAAAAGACCUCCCGGAUGGAAAACGGCUCUGGACCUGGCUGAUCCAGUGCGAUGAUGGCACAAUAAUCUCAAUCCAAGAGAACCCGUUCGCAAGACGAAAGGGAGUGCCGAUAGAUGAAGCCAAGCCAGUCCUUGACAUCGUGCGCAGAAACAUUCGUUUUAUCUUCGCUGGGGUUUCGAGGCAGCACUUUGCCAUGUCCGAGAGCGAGUCGCUAAUUACUAUUCGGGUGAGACGUUUUAGCGACCUCGGACCGGAUCAAGCCAAUAUCAAGCAGGAGGAUGGACCGAGUCUGCUCUUCUACUAUAUAUUCGAUGACUGGGUGUCUAGCUAUGGACUCAUCGCAAAGCGAGAACACAAAUAUGGUGUUGCUUUAGAAAAAUUGAGAGCACAAAUGCUCGAUCGUCCGGUAGUGGAUUUAGUGAACGAGUUGCACUGGCUGGGCCGGCGACUCGCCGUUCUCAAACGAUUGUAUCAGAGCUAUGAGCUUAUCAUGCGGCGCCUCUUGCAACGGCAACGGAUGCUCCGCGACGAAGCGCGUUCGUCUCAACCAGCUGCAAUCCCGUACGGAACCACCUUUGGCGAUAUGGGAUCCGUGGAUAUGCGCCAGUCGAACGUUAUGAGCAAUUCGUGUUUCCAACACACAACGGAGAAAUCGGUCGGGGUGCAAUUGAGCUCGACGGCUGUGGCGCGCUUCGAACGGCUAGUUGAUCGCAUCAAUCUAUACUGUUUGAGCGAGAUUGAGAACUGCCUCAUUGAGAAAGAGUCCUUGACAUUCCUGGUGAGUAGUUUCCAUGUAUUUUUUCCGAGACUCCUUGCUGACGUGGCCGAGAAUUUCAACCUGAUUGCGCUCAAGGACUCGCAGGCUGUUGAGAAGCUCACUCGGAUCACUAUCCUGCUAGCCAAGGCAACCAUUUUGUUCCUGCCGGUUAGCUUGAUGAGUGCAUAUUUCUCGACGGAACUCGCUGGCGUGAAGAACGGGUACACUAAGACUCAGUACUGGGUUAGUUUCACGGUGAUCUUCGUUGUGUCCAUCUUGCUCUUGACGGUUUUCGGUUACGCCAGCGAUACCGUAGAAGAGAGUAUUGCUAUGACGAAGAACCAAGGAGAGAGAGAGAGAGAGAGAGAGGACGGCCAGAAGUAA